GUCGUUACACGCGCGCACCCUCACACACGUACACCCGCGUACACACCACGUACACCCGACGUCCGUUGUGUUGCGUACGCGGUCGGUGCGUGCUAGUCGUCGGCGCACUAGUGUGCUGCAGGGGAUGACCCGGAAUCACCACACGUCAGUGUCAGCCUCGUCUCGAACGCGCGACAAUCGCGUACGGUAAUAUAAUAGUUAUCACGACGUUUGGCCGUCAGCAGCGGCGUAGGUCGUCCGCGGCCGAUUUGCACGCGCUCCCCGUGCGGCUGUGUAACGGUCACGAUAACGUUGUGGUCCUAUACGGUGCAGAUAUCGCCCGUCGGUGUGUCACUGCGGGCCAGCUCGAAGUGCACGCCACCGAAUGCGCUGCAGCUGCGGGACGGCCGCCCGCGCGACGGCUGCCGCGACGAUGCCGCGGCCGCUAUCGAUUGCCACGGUGGUCGGCCGCAGUUAGGACGACUGUGCGAGCGGCGUACAUCGACGACGACGCCGCCGACAGCGACAGAGACGUCGGCGAAAACGACGAACACGGUGAAGAUUACAAUCACAGUACGGAUAGGACGUGCCGCCGCAUCUGAGCAGCUCAUCGAAAACCGCCGUCCGGGACCCGGGGUUGUGGCGGCCGUCGCCGCUGCAUCUGCAGCACCGGCACUCGCGGCACCGCCUGCACGUCAACGCCUGUCCGCGCCGUUCCCAGCUCGGCUAUCUGCCAUGGGAACCGUGCUCAGUAUCAGCCCCAAAGACCGCAAGUCCGUGUACCCGGCCAUGGCUAGCAGUGCCAGCGCGGCUGAGUUCACGCUCAGCAGCUUCACGUACGAGCAACUGACGAAACGUCGGCACGCCGAUGUCAUGGCCGGCCGUAGCAUAUCCAUGAUGCUGCCAGCCAACAUAAACAUAAACUCCCUCAACAACAACAUCAUUAACAACAACAACAACAACAACAACAAUCACAGCCAUCACCACCACAACAAUUCGGAGAACAAUUGUAAGACGGCCACAACGGGCUGCGAACCGCAGCAGCAGCAGCGAGGCACGCUGGAAAAGAGCAUGAAAAAACAUUCGGCUCUGAUCAACGCGCUCAGCUGGAAGCGGUUCAGCACGUCGCAGAACAAAAAGAAGCUGGACAACGGCGGCACAACCGGCGGCGGAGGCGGCGUCAAGUCGAAGCAACUGCUGGCGGGCCGGCAACCGCUGGUGGACACUAACGCCAACGUCGACUGCGUCGGCCGGUCCAACGGCGUCCGCCGGUCGGCCACCACCACAGGGUUGGACGUGGCCAACAACAACAGCAGCGGUGGCUGCGCCGACAAGCUAGUGCCCAGGGCCACGCUGGUCCCGUCGCACACGUGCCAUAACCUCGUGCCGCGGAAGACCAUCAUACAAGCAAGCACGUCCGAGUUGCUCAAGUGCCUGGGCAUCUAUUUGCACCACAAGUGCUACAAGCUCAACGAUUUCCAGGCGGGCGACGCGGUCAUGUGGCUGAGGACGGUGGACCGAAGUCUACUCAUACAGGGAUGGCAGGACGUGCCGUUCAUAAACCCGGCAAAUGUGGUGUUCGUGUACAUGCUGGUUCGGGAGCUGGUCGACGAACGCGUGGCCACGGAACCGGAACUACAAGCCGUGGUGCUCACAUGCUUGUACUUGGCGUACUCGUACAUGGGCAACGAGAUAUCGUAUCCGCUGAAACCUUUCCUGGUCGAAGACAGCCGGGACGCGUUCUGGGAUCGAUGUCUGGGCAUCGUCCGCGCCAUGUCAUCCAAGAUGUUGCGCAUCAACGCUGAGCCCGCGUACUUCACGGAGAUAUUCAGCGAACUCAAAGCGUGCGGCACGCUCAACGCGGUGUUGCAGUCGGCGUGAUGAUCGCGCCGUCGCCGUCGUGCACAGUACCACCGCGAAACAUGCAGUACAAACCGCGUCAUCGCCGCCUCCGCCGCUAGCAGCAGUUGUAACACCUGUCAAUUGCAACGGUAACGCGCAUCGUCAUUAAUUCUGUUAUAACGUCACGUAAAUACUGUCGAUCGUCCAAACCAUGAUAAAAAAAAUGUUUAUAAAACAUAAUAUGUUAUGUGUAUUGGAACACGUCUUCCCACAGUGUCUACCACGUUAUAUAAUAUUAGUAUAAUAAUAAUUAUUAUUUUUAUUUUUAUUAAAUACCACCCGCUCUCCCCGCCACCAUUCGAUGGCCAUAUCACCCUCUGCGAAACGACAACACAUUUAAGGUUUGUUCUAAAAUGGAAUGCGAGGACUUGGGGACUAGUUUCUGACUGAUCUGUGAUUGAUUCACUGAGCGUACGCUAAUGAGAUUCUGUCGGAACGCGUUUUGAACUGCAGUGUCUCCAACUCCAAGUAUUUGUCUGAAUCCACGAAAAAGUAUAUAUGGGUAUGUCAGUAACUUUAUGACACGAGUCGUGUUCGUUGACCACUCCAAAUACCGUCAAUAAGCCUAAUCCAUAAAAACCUCUUCUCGUUGGUAGAAUAUAUGAUAUGAUGAUGUUGGAAUUGUCUUUUGACCAACAAGAUAAGGUAAACCACGAAUAUAUAACUAGGAACGGUGUAACCGAAACUCGUACUGUUGCUGACGUACCUAUUUAUUUUUAAAAUACGUGGAUAAUUUUGACUAUUAAAAACCAAUUGCAAGAACUAGUCUACUAAUGUGUUGAAAAAUCCGUCAGACAGUUUAAGUUUGAAUUUCUUCAGGCGUGUUGAUACCGCAAAACUUUAUUGCGCAUACUCCCAUCGCAAUAGUUCUAUACGAUGGGUUGACUGCAGUGUUGGAACAAUCUCGUUAUGUACUGACGGUUAAUAUUAUCAUAAACCAUCUAUUUUGUAUAUCGAAUUAACGUUAUGUUUAAAUCAACAAAAUUAAAUUAUACGAUUUCAGUAAUAUGACGAGGUAUAAUACUGUUAAUAAUAAAUGCGUAUACCUAUAUUAUUAUAUUCGAGAAGUUUGUAUAGCGAGUAUACGGCUUGAUUAUGAUAUGUUAUCAGUUUAUCACGGUGUCGCAUAUACAUCAUGUACAAAGAUAUUUUGAUUCUGCUUAAGCGGAUAUUACGUAGUACGUACGAGAUAGCGACGAAACACCGUCAGCCGUAUAACAUUAUUUAUUAUUGUAAUAUACUCAUGCGCAAGGUGAAUAUAACGUUUGCGCGCACCCGUCCACCCGCCACCACCCAUCACGUCCGUCCACGUUUUCGAAUCGAUAAAUCCCUCUGUCCGGGGUGCGUUUACCCACCGCAAAUUUUCCUGGAUAUGUUAUAUUGUGUGGGUGGAGUGGAAGUUUUAUCCCCUCGUACCAUUAUAAUCGUGCCGUUCGUUUACCAAUACUCGGAAAUGCGCAUAAUCGUAUUUCACUCCACAACCACCUCGUCGGCGACGAUAAAAAUUCAGUGACUAUUCUCAAAAAUAUAUUUAGGCUAUUUCGCCAUAACCGUAGGCGCGGUUCUAUAGACAGCAUUUGAAAACAUUCGCAGGCCUCUGGGAUUCAAAUCUAAUCUUUCUGACAAAAUAAAAAUGGGGGCUGAAAUCAUAUAUAAUACAUGGGGUUCGUCGCGUGUGCGGUGUCAGGUUUUUUCGCGCCUCAAAUUCAAAAAAUCAGAAGAUAGGGCGAAGUAAUUUGUUUCUUAAUACAUGUGGGGUUGCGCCGUGUACGAUUAUUCAGAAUAUUAAUAAACUAUACAGAGAAACUAAUCUAUCGUUUCGCCUAUAAAUGUUCACCAUCACGCAGCGCCAACUACAGAAAGCCAUGUAUCAUUUUCUUCUUAGUUUAUAUUUUUGGAAACUGAUAAAUAUAUAAUUCAGCAAUCUGCGUAUAAUACAAAUAUAUUUACGUAUUCCAACCCCUAGUUAAGUAUGCAAUAUACAAAAAAAAAAUUUUUUAAAAAAGCAUUGAGAACUUCGCCCUACCUCCUUGUCCUCUUUUACACAAUUGUUUGACCGAUGUUUGAAAAGAGUGCGUUGUGGUUUUUUUUACAGGCAUUAAAUAUAUAUACCACGGUUACAAUACAUAAAUUAUACAUUAUUCAACGUAUACUCUAUAGUUAUAAUAUACGCGUUUUUAUUGUAUUAAUAACUCAUCAACAGUUUUACGUCCACAGAGAUCGAACUUGCAGAGCGAUUGAUGUGUAUUUAGUGUUGAUCUAGUGGUUUUUCUUAUAACCAAUAUUAUAUUUUUUUAUCGAAAGAUAUUAUACUGAAUAAACUAUAAAUAAUCAAAAUAAACAACAAUGUAUAGUGUAAUUGAUGAUAUUUCAAAAAAAAAAAAAAUCAACGAAUAGGUUUAUAUAAUAUAUUAUAAUUAUGUAUUUUAGUCGUUUUAAUUUUUUCAGUUUUUAAUCCCUCGCCGUCACCCACCAUGUCUAACUGUCGAAUUCUCUGGCAAUAAUUUAAAUUAGUUUUUCUAUCGUGGUCGUGUUAAUAUAAUAAUAUUCCAUAUUGAUAAAAUACAUUAUUAUUGUUUGUCGUAUAACAGUGAUAACCCUCCCCUUAUACAACAACUGCACGCACAACAGAAGAAAGGCAUUUUACUUUUUCAAUUUGAAUACAUUAUAUAAUAUAAUAACGUAACACUGAACAAAAUUAUACAUUUUCGAGGCGAUUUUCUAUUUAUUUUGUGGUAACCCAAACGCGUGUGCGUGUGUGCGAGUGGGGUGGGGCACGUGAUAUACAAAAACCGCGGCCGCUCCGCCCCGCGUAGUCGUACUUACUCGUCGUUUGGACAACCGUAAAGCACGGGUUCAAAAUUCCUCCAUUUUUUAAAUAAAAGAAAAAAAUAUUAUUAUUAUUAUUAUUAUUAUGGUAAUUAAUAUUUGUUUUAAUAUUAUUUUAUUAUAAUAUUACACAUAUUAUAAAUAUUAUUAUAUUAUAAGUAGACAUAAAACGAUGUUGUUAUAACUUAUAAGUGUAUCGAAUUAAAUUUGAGAAGCCGUACGAUGCAAUAUAAUUAUUACGACGCCAUCAUUAAUAAAAUAAUACCUAAGUAAUUAUAUAGGCAAAUAUAAAGCAAUUUUUUUUAGAUUCGACUGUUGUUAGAAUAUAAUUUCCACCAUAUACAAUUUCAGCAUUCCAUACAAAACAUUCCAUUUAUUAUAAUAUAUAAUAUAAGUAGACAACACAAUAUCAUGUUGUAAAUGCAUUGGAUAUAUUAAUAUUAAUUAAUAACUAAAUUAAUCUUUGACAUUGUUAUUACUUAUUAUUAUUAUGUUGUACGUUUUCCCUUCAGAAGACUGACAUUGAUGAAAUAUUUUUUUUUCAUAUUUUUAUCCCUACUUUUUUAAGGUUCUUUUUAACAAUUUAAUAUUUAAUCUAAGUUUAAAUGAACAUAUAUAGAUUAAUAUUAUUUUUAAUGAUAAAUAAGUUAUGUUGUAUUAUAAAUAUAAAGAAAAAAAAUAUUGAAAUAAAAAACAAAAUAAAAAAAUGAUUAAACGUAAUUAUUUUUAAGGCUGGGAAGAUGCAAUUCCGUAGGUUUUAAGUAUACAUUAUACAUCACAUUAUUGUUUUACAAUAAUCGAAUAUAUAUUAUAUACAAUAUUGAUAAUACAAUAAAUUAAAUAAUAAUAUUAUAACAUAAUAUAAUAUUAUACUUUUUCUUUCCUUAAUACACUAAGUUCUUAUAUAAUAUUAAGCAUGUACCAAUGAUAAUUAAAUCGUUACCGUGACGAAUGUGGCCAUUUAAUACUUCAAAUAUGAUGUCCUCUCCCCGGGCGACUGCACUGCCAUCUUCCACAUGACAGCGUGGUGGGUGUGCAAAUAAAAUGCGGUCAAUAGGCACCCGUGGUCGAGGACAAAAUGUAGUUUGUAGGCGUUUUGCAAUUUUUGUUUUGUUUUUACUAUUCUAUCUAUUUGUUUGUUCAGUUCGUUUUAUAGUCAUAACAUUAUUAUUAUACGUUUAUUAUUAUUAAUAUUACGUGGUCGUACGUGUAUAAUAUAUUUAUAUUAUUACACGUCGACCGAAAAUGCGAGUGGGGUCACUAGUCCUCGUGAUCGCGAUUUCGAUUGUAGUUUCUCGUUUGAGAAACCGUCCAAAUCCGACACGACAUUUAGUCUAUAAGAAUGUUAGAACUUAAGUAUUUAUUUAUAUAUUAUAUAUAAUAUACAUCAUAUACAUUAUAUAUACGUGUAUUAAAUGUUAGGUAUAUUUAAGAUUUAAUGUCAUAGUCGUUUAAUAAGAUGUUCGUCAUUUUAUUUUUCUCGUAAAUAACAUUUUUCCCUGCUAUUAUUACAACUUUCCAGGGGUUUCGAUAGGUUGGUUUUUAGUAUUAUUUAAAAUAAUACAUGGUUUUCUUAACACACUCGGACUCUUGGUUAGUAUUCAUUACUAUAUUUUACUUCUCUCGGUACAAUUCAAAAUCGGCACAAACCAACAUUAAAAACAACGUUAAAACCAAUAUUACUAUAUAUUAUUAUAAUAUUAUGGCUGAAGGCCGCAACAGUUUUUUAAUAAUAUCUUAGUGUUACACAUGCAAAUUAAAUUUAUAAUAUGAUGUUCAUUAUUAUUUUACAAUUUAGCCGAACGUCUUUAAACCGUUUAUGUUUUGUACAUAAAUAUAUGUAUAAUUAUUAUAAUUAUAUUGAUAUUAUGUGUAAUAAUCAUUAAGGCAUUUACUAUUAAUUGGGCGAAAAAUGGCUGUUCUGAGAAUGGAAAACGAGAGAGAGCCAGAUACCAUCGAACGUUUAUAUUAUUAUACUUGGAUACCUUCUUCCAAUCUAAUCUCACCGGAUAUUAUAUAUAUUUAAUAUAACACAAUGCGAUGUACUUACUUACGUUCAGUAUUAAUAUUUGUGAUACCCAAAGUACCCAACGACUUCAUUUUUAAUGCCAAUAUCGUAUCGCAAUAUCGAAUUAUGUACUAACGAAUAAAAACAAACAUUUUCAUGUUAAAUGAUUAAUGAAAAAAAAAAUAAUAAAACUGAAUAUAACUAAUACUAGUACCAAUAAUUUUGGUCUUAAAGGUAUUUUGAUUUUUCUCAAAUAGUUAAAAAUUAUAUUUGUUUCUGGAUCAAAAUUAAGCGUUCAUUAGAAUAAAAUUUAAUUUUUGGAUUUAGCUAGGAUCCAAUGCAGACGCUUUCAAUGAAACUGAAUUCGAUUCAUCAUACUAUUUUUCAAUAUCGUUGACCAUCACUUAUUUAUCACUUAUUAUAUAGUCACUGACCAUUGUAUUAUUAUAAAUAUUGAGUGGUGCCCAUGAUUCAGAAUGAUCAUUUUUCACCGCUGUUUUCUCGUUUUAUUUUUAUUUGUGUUAAAUGUAAUUUUUUAUUUUGUUUAUGUUGUUGUUUUUUUAAAUGAAAAAAAACAUAAGAGGCAAGCUUCAAAUGAUCUCAUGUUUUAGCUUUUCAUGACGACCACGUUGAAAAAUGUCGUCGUUUAGUUUUUAUCCCUGGGAUAAUCCAAUAACGAUUUCCCUCUCUCGCGGCGUGUUUACUUAAACAAUAAUAUUACUUCAUAAACUUUGUAACUUAAAUAUUAUUAUUAUUAUCACUAUUAUUAUUAUUAUUAUUAUUAAUAUUAUUAUUAUUAUUAUUAUUAUUAUUAUUAUUAUUAUUGUUAUUAUUACGUUAUGUUAAUGGUAUAAUGACAAUAUUGUUAUAUAAAUUAAACACUAGCUAUGAGCUAGACUUUACCUCAAUUUGUGCAAUCAAAUAUUAUUAAUAAUAAUAAUAACAAUAAUAAUAAUCAGUUUUGUUUUUUGUAGUAAGAUAUGUACCAUUUCCCUUCACCGAUCAAAAAAGAAAUCAUACUAUACAGUAUACACACAUAAUGAUAAAUAAUAUUUAUAUGUAAUAUGUAUAUUAUAAUUUAUAAUAAACAUAAUUAAAUUCGCAUGUUCCACGAUUAUAUUAAAUACUCUGUUUAAUAUGAACUUGAAAAUAUACGUGUUCGUUUGUGUACUUAUAUUUGUGUCUAUAUAUUAUAGUGAUUAAAACGUUUUGUGUCUCGAUGUACGAAAUAUUUGUUGGUAGGCUUAUAUUAUUAUAAUUAAGUAUAUAAUAUUGUUUAUUUGUAAUUCUUGUCAUUUUAUAAUGUUUUGUAAAAAUUUUUCCUUUUAUUUUAUUAUAUUUUUUUGUUUUGUUAAUUAUUAAUACUUAAUAGGUGUGUUAAUGAAUAAGUGAAUAAUGUUUUUUUUUUGUAUUUUGAACAAAACGAUGAGAGAAAAAAAUUAUUGUGUGCUAUUCAUUAUUUCAUUUUUGUUUUCAGUCGCCGCAAAAAUAUACACAAUAUACUUAUUAUAUUAUAACAUAAAUCAUAAUAUUAUUA